AUGUCAAAGAAUUCUAAUGGAUUCAAAAAGUGUCAACUUCCGACUUUUACAGGCCAAUUUCUCGAAAAAACUUCGUGUUUUCUGGGAAUUAAUUUGUCGAGUUAUGUGGGCAGGUUAUACAGUUUUACACUUAUAGUAUUAUUUUCUAUGUUAAGUGAAAUGUCUUGGCACAAUAUUUGCACUGAAUAUUGCGAAGAACUUCUUAUCAGAAAGUUCAUGGUAAUGUUGGAAUACAUUCUAUACAUCGUAUUGGUAUUGACAAUGUUGGGUACAUCUCUAUUUCGUCCAAAGCACUUCGCUUUUCCUCGUCAAGAAAUGUUCAUCAUAGACUCUAUGUUUGAGUCGUAUGGCGCACAAAUCUCGAAAAAAGAUAUCUUCUUCGCAGAGUAUCUACAGGAUGCUGUUAUAAUGAUAGUGGCAUUUUUUGCCAUAAUGAAAUAUGCUUACGAUAUAAUCGUGAAUAAUUCAUAUGAAUUGAUAUAUUAUUCUCUGCAAUCUUGGUAUUCUAUGGUCUGCCUGUUAUUUAUAGAUGGAUUAUUUACUCAUUAUGUCAACAAUAUAUAUUUAAGAUUCCGCGAAUUGAACAAGAUUGCGAUACAUUCAAAAGAAAAUCUAUCGAUUUCUUAUAUCGAUUUUACAACAAAUUUAAACAUAUUUAAUAAAUGCAGUUGCGCUAUAAUCACCAAGAUCUGUUUGAUUCAACAUAUUCAUCAUGGAUUAUAUGUUUUAGCGAUAAAGGUCAACAAUAAUUUUGGUCUGCAGCUUCUGACCAUUUCUGCCAUAUGUCUAAAUGCUAUAAUUCUUCUUCUGCAUGAUAUAUAUCAUAACAUCAAGACAAAUAAUACUAAUAUUGAAAUUUUAAUUUUUCAUACAAUCUUCAUAUUCUGUUACAUUUUUCGAUUUUCAUACAUCAGCUACAUUUGUCAGCGAUCUAGAAAUGAGUUUAAACAGAUGGGAAUAAUUUUGCAUAAUGUUUUUCUGCAACAUAAGUCAUUACGGGCUAAAGUGAUACAUUUUUCACUUCAAUUGAUCAACGAGGAUUUAACAUUUACCGCCUUUGGACUGUAUGAAAUCAAUAUUUCCCUUAUAUGUUCUAUUGCUGGAGCAGUAGUAACAUAUCUUGUUAUGGUUAUUCAAUUGGAUACCACAACAAAACUUACAAAUUACAAUGUAACUACUAUGUGGAAUUCUAUUGAGAAUAAUUUUCCAACGACUAUCGCAUAA